UCUCAACAGCACCCGGCGUUGCAGUUGGAACACAAAAUGCGUACUUCAACUUUUGAGUCCCAAAUACCAAAAAACUGCCUAACAACUCCAGAAAAAAGUCGCUAGUCGCUUUUGAGAAAAUAUGUCUUCAAAGGGGUUUGGAAUGUCACCAGAUCAUCGUCGUAUCUAGCGACAAAAUUGACGGCAGCCCCUCCCCUUGCUUUUAUGUUGACUCACCGCAUUGGAGUAGAGUUGUGAAAAGUUUUGCGUUGGACUAUUAUUCAACAUUGACCCUUUAUUGUCAACAUCUGAUUCAUAUUGCGUGGACAGAAUCCCUCGCGCACAAUAGAUAAGCUGCAUUUAUUUUGAAAUUCCCUGACGUUGUACGCCAUCUUUCAAGCUCCUGCUAAGGCUUGAAUCAACUUUGCAGCCAUGUUUUCAACGGUGACGUACCUGUUGUCCAAAAUGCUCUCACCAUUGUGGAGAACAGCUCAGGUGGAUGCCGACGGCGUUCUACACGGUGUGGCAGACACUGAGACCAUUCGUCACGCUCGCGAUGGCGUGGUGACCGAGCUGGGCCUCGACCACGGCCUUAUCGACGACGCCAUCUACUUCACCAGUGGCGUGGUGCUGGGCGGGGUGCCACUCAAAACCGGGGACGCGGUGACCUGCAUAGCCGUGAGAGAUGGAGCACAAGGCGGGUGGAAAGCCCUCAGGGUGGCAAAGAGUUUUGAUGCCUGGGAAGCCGGAGGCGUUACAUCCUUGGAGGACGACUGCGCUCAGUUGCGUCCUCUCAUCGGUACCAUCACGUCGUGUGACAGAGAGGGCGGCUACAUCAACCAAACUACUUACUUCCCACGUGCCAGUCUCUGUGAAGGUUACGAGCCAAUGUCAGGCGACUGGGUCCAAGCCACGUAUUUUAUCAACCCCACCCAGUGGUCCACACAGGCUCAUUCUGUUGCCCCUUUACGUUAUUGCCGUCUUGACCAGGUGUAUGUGACCAGCGUGUAUGUCAACAACGGCGUGGUGGAGGACAGUGUGUUCUUCUCCCUGGACUCCCUGCUGCUGCCCGCCCACUACAAGCCUGCACGUGGCCACCUGGUUAACCUGGUGAUGGUGGAGAGCAGCCAGUCCUUCUACCGCUGGAGGGCACUCUGCAUGUCACCGUGCAUGGAAGGUUUGAAGUCCGAUCCGGCACACUGGUCCAUGGCUGAAAUGGAGCACUUAUUGGAGAACAAAGGAGGGCUGGAUGUGACUUGCUAUGGCCAGUUUGGAGAUUUGAUGAUUGGAGAGCACAGACAGCUGGUGCUGUGGAUACUGAACAAAGGCUCAGAGACACAACGGCUGAAAUCCUGCAAGUUUGCUGGCUGGGACUCGAAAGAACAGUUUUUUCUCAGUCCAGUCAAGACGGGACACAAAGAGCAUCCCCGGUCUGCAGAAGAGCAAGGCGGUGGUGCCAACCAGGCUGACAGCAAGGAUGCGUCACCUGGUGUGAGAGGAGAAGAACAAGAGGUGGAUAUUCCUCCAGGAGAGCGUUGGUCUGUUGCUGUGGUAUGCCAAGCAAAGAGCCUUGGAAGCUGCACUGAGCUGUUGUUGUUCCACUUCUCCUCUUUUGUCAUCGGGAGGUGCCUGGAGGUCACGGUGCGCAGCGAAGACGAGAAGCUGCUGUGUCCCUCAGAGCCCUAUAGUCCUGCCCACGGCACGCCUGUACCUGAUGCCCCUUCUCAUGUGAUCACCCUUAUUGCGCCUAAGGAUACACUCAGAUUAUCCAAACGGCGACUGCCAUGCUUCCUCCCCUCCUACGCCGUGCCGCAGUCAUUGAGAGACUGUGUGGCUGCACAGAAAGAUGUCCUGGUAGUCCAGCCCUGCUUGGGAGAGGUUCUGUCAGCUUCCAAUGCCCAGGCCCGUUUCUCUACUCUUCUGUGGUUGGAGGAGCUUCAUGCCGAGAGGGAGCUGGCAGAGUUCACCAUUUAUGGUUCUCUGCUCAGGAAAGGAGCCGUCUACCUUCACUUAGAGGUCCUUGGCUUGGCAGAGGGGAGGCCCAAUCUCAACAUAGGUGACAAAAUCAUAUUGAAGAGUCCACAGAGCAAUGGCGUGGUCAUGGAGUAUGUUAGCUGUGUUGCCGAGAUCAACGACGAGGACGUGAGUCUCAAAGUGAAGUCGGAGUUUCAGCGCUUCUACCUUGGAGAGCCUCUUGAUGUGGAGUUCUGCUACAACAGGUUGACCAUGAGACGUUGCCACCACGCACUAGAACAAACCAAGUCCUUUGCAGACGUUUUCUUUCCUUCUAGAGUGACACCUCAGUCGCCUCUGUGGACAGUGAAGUGGGUAGAUGAUGACCCUAACAAAACGCUGGAAGGAAAUGAGCAGGCCCCUGAAGAAGAAAAGGGACCGUUUUCCAACAUGUCAGUUGACAUGAAGUCAAGGGCCACACAGACCAAAGAUGGUGCAACUCCACUCAAAGCCAUCCCCAACCCAGGACACUUCUUCAACCCUGAUCUCAACCCUUUGCAGAGGGAGGCAGUGAAGAGGAUCUUGGCUGCAGAAUGUCGCCCCACCCCUUAUGUGCUGUUUGGACCCCCCGGCACUGGAAAGACUAUUACACUCAUCGAGACCAUACUGCAGAUGUACCACUUUCUUCCCAGCAGCCGUGUCCUGGUGUGCACACCCUCCAACAGCGCGGCCGACCUCAUCUGCAUUCGUCUGCACGACAGUGGCUACUUGCACGCUGCCAGCAUGGCUCGCGUCAACGCUUCUUGCAGGCAAGAGAAGUGCAUCCCCGAGGUGCUGAGACAGUACUCAAGGGCAGGAGAAGACAUCAGUCAUGCCUGUUUUCACCGCAUUGUGGUCAGCACUUGCUCUAGUGCCGGCAUGUUCUUCAAUCUAGGCCUGCAAGUGGGGCAUUUUACUCACGUGUUCCUGGAUGAAGCAGGCCAAGCCAUGGAACCAGAGUCUCUCAUCCCCAUUAGCCUCAUCUCAGAGAGAGACGGACAGCUAGUGUUAGCUGGAGACCCCUGCCAGCUGGGGCCCAUUGUGAAGUCCAAGACGGCCACCGCUUUCGGCCUGGGAGUGUCUCUGCUGGAGAGGCUCAUGGACAAUCCCCUUUACGCCAGGCAUGAGUGGGGGUACAACCCAAAGCUGGUGACAAAGCUGACUUACAAUUACCGCUCCCAUGAGGCCUUGCUGACAAUGCCCUCCAGACUUUUCUACCAUGGAGAACUGUGUGUCAAAGCCCCGAGACCUGUGGUAGACUCUCUCUGCCAGUGGAAAACGCUGCCCAAAAAAGGCUUUCCUCUCCUCUUCCACGGCAUUAGGGGCAAAGAAAUGAGGGAAGGUAACAACCCGUCAUGGUUCAACCCAGUGGAGGCCGUGCAGGUCAUGGUCUACUGCUGCCAGUUGGCCAAGAAACCCUACAAACCUGUGGACACCUCAGAGAUAGGAAUCAUUGCUCCCUACAGGAAACAAUGCGAAAAGAUCCGCAUCCUUCUGGCUAAAGUGGGCCUGUCGGACAUUAAAGUGGGCUCUGUGGAGGAGUUCCAAGGUCAAGAGUUCCUGGUUAUCAUCAUGUCCACGGUGCGCUCAAAUGAAUUGGCCCAGAGUGACGACUUGCAGAGUGCCCUCGGCUUCCUGGCCAACCCCAAACGCUUCAACGUGGCCAUCACGCGCCCCAAAGCUUUGCUGCUGAUCAUCGGAAACCCCCACAUUCUCAUCAAGGAUCAAUGUUUUCGGGAGCUGCUUCACUAUUCUUUCACCAGUGGGGCAUAUGUGGGCUGUGAUCCCCCUUCCUCCAUGAGAGAGACUCACAUAGCUGCAUUGGAUCCUAGUGCUGCAGAUGAUGAUGAUGAUGAUGCUGGACCUCGGCCGCUUCCUUGUCUUUAAGUUUUCCAAGCGAUGGCCGACGGGGUGGGAGGCAAACACAUAGCAAGGUCCAAACGCUCCAAACAUAGAAAUGAUCCAAAAACACCAUAAACCCAUGCAAGGAAGAAAUGAUGCACAUUCAAAAUGCUGCAAAAUCAGAAAGAAAUGCAAAAGACAAAUGCCCGAUGUGCUGAGGCCCCUAAACACAACGGCAACUCACAGAAGUUCACAGCAAAAACGUUCCCCAAAGGGAAAUAGAAUUUAGCAUUUAAAAUCAGUGUUAAUCGACUGUGUGGCUGUGAAACAAAUUAACUGUGAUUCGUGAAUUUCCACCAAGUAGAAUUCCGUUUUCACAAAUGUCAUUUUUUGUAGUCACAGCAUAGAAACCCCUCUACACAACCUUGUAAAUACAGUUUUUAACAUUAGAGUCCUGUAGACAUGAAAUAACAUCCCUAUAGUCACACUCCUACGACCCAAUGCACAGUAGUGGACAUAAGAGAAAACAAGACAUCAAGGACAGAAAUAAAGCUCAUGCGAGGAGGUGACGAAGUUCAGAGUUGAGUUUUAGCUUAGUGUGGGUUAUGGCUGCCACAGUAGCCAUUACCCACACCGAGUGAGCAGUGUCGAAUACUACAUAUCUUUACAUCUUUGAAUGUGUCUUCUUAACGCCUCAUCUUCAAUUAUAGUUCAUUUAGCUAUUUUAAUUAAAAAAACAUGCUUAAAUAUGCC